CAAAGAUGUCGACAGCGACGUCGACUGGCGUCUUGCUGCUUCUCAUCUCUCUCAUCUGUCCUUGUCUCUUUCUCAUCGCAUUUGCAUCGACGGGCGAUAGCUAUAACCCCCGCCUUGCACCUCCCUCGCCCCACUCUCGUCACUCCCUCCCCCCCAUAUCCACGUUGGCGCUGGCAGCCCACGUCGCUCUGUAGCCCCACAGCCAAGCCCAUCCUGGACCCUUUCUGAACCCACAACCCCCCGCCAAACACUCCAACAAUGCCACGCAGCAGCGCAUCAGCGCUGCUCUACGCCGUCGGCGCGCUCGCCAUCGCGUCCAGCGCCCUUGCAAAGGCCAACCGCGACUACUGUCCUUCGGACCCAUAUGCCGAUCCUGCCAACGAUCAAUGCAACCCCCUCCGCUACGUCCCCUCGCUGGGUCUUAACGCCGCAGCCUGCGCGCUCUACUUCGCAGUCUGGCUGGCCUUUACCUACAACCAGUUCCGUUACAAGGGCAAGUACUUCCUCUGCCUCGUCAUCGGCACCUUCACGGCCGGCAUCGGCCUCGUGCUGCGCCUCGUCUUCCGCAAGAUGCUCCACUCGUCGGGCGCCUACAUCGCCAUGUACCUGUUUGUUGUCCUGAGUCCAUGUGCAUUCCUCGCCGCCGACUACAUCCUCCUCGGCCGCAUCGUCAACCACCUUGACGCCGAGCGUUACCUGUUCAUCAAGCCGAGCAAGGUGUCGACGAUCUUUAUCAUCUCAGACAUCGUCACGUUCCUCAUCCAGGCCGUCGGUGGCGGCACGUCGUCGGCCCAGUCGCAGAAGGCGCGUGAUGUCGGCGUGCGCAUCUUCCUGGCCGGUCUCGCGGCACAGCUCCUCAGCUUCCUCCUCUUCUCCAUCCUCUGGCUCGUCUUCCUGAUCCGCGCCCGCAAGGACGAGUUCCUCUGGAAGCGCUCGGGCUGGAAGCAGCUCUACUUUGCCCUCGGCUUCACCUGCAUCUGCUUCCUUAUCCGAUCCUUCUUCCGCACGGUCGAGCUGUCGGAGGGUUACGCCGGUUACCUGUCGAUCCACGAAAAGUUCUACAUGGGUCUCGACGCGCUGCCCCUGUUCGUCGGCAUCCUCGUCUACGUCUGGUACUGGCCGCCGCGCAUCCUGACCCCCGACACCAAGGUGCAGCGCUCCGAGUGGUCUGACGCGUCGUACGACGACACCGAGCUCGCCCCACCCGUGAGGGAGCACGGCUCGCCCAACACGUCGGCGACGCUCGCUGACGACGGGGCGUUUGCCGAUUCAGAGGGUAAGAAGUGAGCUGUAAAGUGCGGCUACAGCACCGCACCGCACAAAAGACUGUCAGCAGCUGCAGCAGAAGCAUCAUCAGCAUUGUGAUUAGUCAGUACAUGGACGUUUAGAGGGCCAGCUAUGCCGCGUG